ACAUGAAAAAGAGGGCUACAAAAACAAAAAUAGCACAUUGGACAGCUACGAAACAGAUCAAAUUCCACGUACUGGAAUCUAAAGCUCAUGGUAAAGGUUCAUGCAUAUUUGACAUGUUACACAUGUAUUUAGCAUGGUUCACCCUUCGCAUCCAUAGUGGCCCUAUCUAGGGGUAUUCACUUUUGUGCGCCCUAUCCUAUCAGUUGCCUUCCUUCCAUCAAGCAACAGAGGCUGAGUGCAUCUCCUGGGCCUUCCAUGGCAUAGAGAACCAGGACUGUGACAGGAGUCAUGGAUAAAUGGACUGCUGCCUUCUUUCAUCCUGUAAGGACUGACUGCUGCCAAUUCACUAUACACUCUGUUGUCUGGCAGGAACAGCCCAGGUAUUCACACAAGUUCAGACAAGCACGAGGAGACUGAGGCUAGCUAGGCUGUCUUCUAUCAUCUCAAACAGGUGGAGAGGAGAGGCAGUGGCCAGGUAGUUUUCAUGUGGAUCACUGUUGCCUAUGGCUGUACUACAUAAUAUAGCUAGGUAUGAGUUAUAAAUGGCUAACUGAAAUAGCUUUCCCACUGUGAAUUUCCUUGUCUUUGUGAUUUUGAGCUAUAAAAUAUGUUGUCUGCAUGCAAUAUCAAAAGGCAGCACAGACUGCUUACUGGUGUAUAAAAUCUAGUAACAAGUAUAAGUAAUCAUGGUUUAAGAGAGCUAAAAAUAUAAAUAGCUGAGGUAAAGAGAACACAUGAAGAUCAUUAUGAAGAACUUAAGAGUGAAUUGCAUAAGAGAUGCACUUGUACUGUUUGAAUAUCAUCAAAUGUAUUUUAGAUAAAAUAAGCCAUUUGUAGGUUAGGCAAAUGGAAAUAGCGUACUACAAGAAUAACUGAGAUCCUUGGAACCAAUGACAUUUCCUUUUUUUGUUUACUUUGAACAUCUCAUUCACUUGUUGCCCAUCUCACUAAUCAGAUGCAAAACGAAGCUGAUAGACUGUAAUUCUGUAUAUUAAUCCAUUAUGCAGUAAUUCAGUAAAAAAGGUAGCAUAAUUUCUUCACAUAGCAAGAAUUAUGGCAAUUGAACUACAAAUACAACAGGCAACAGGUAAUACAAAUGUAACAGGUAAUAAACAAUUGAAUGAUAACAAAAAAAUCCUGCUAAAUGAAAUUGCUCACACCAUUCUUUUUUGGUAUAAGACCAUGGUCUCCACUUAGCAAAUUUUCAGUAUACGUAUUCUUGUGUCUAAAACUGGAUGGAACACAGAAACAUGGACUUCUAAGACUUUGUAAGAAACUAUUAGACAUUUAAUUACUAUAAGAAUCUUUCUGUUAGAACAGCCUUUAAUACAGUUACAUAUUCAAACGUAGAAAAAGAAGGUAAAGCUUAGAGCACAACAAAAAUUAAAUGCAUGCAAAAGAAUCACAGUGCUACAAAGUAAUUACUAAUAUUCCGAGCAAGUUUCCCUCACUUAAAUUUACUUUUAAAUGACAUGAAUCAUCUAGCCUAAAAAGAUGACCAGAAUAUAUAUGUCUAUCAUUUUACAGCAAAAUAAUUAAAAUUAAUAAUGAGAUUGAACAAUUAAAUGCAUAGUAGAUCCAUAAAGUGGAUUCUCACUGCGAGUGCUUAAAUGUAAAGCAAAACUAACUUAAGAAUACUAAAAGUGUGUAAGUUUUUAUAUGGCACCUCCUCUCUUCUCAUAGAGGAACUUACUGCUUCUGAAAAGCCAUAUCUGACAACCACAGAUGUAUCACACAGGAGUAAAUUCAGAAGUUUCAUGUUCUGCAGACCUAAGCAGACUUUGACGGAUCUGUGAUCAAACUCCUCUUCUGGAGGAAGGAAACUGUCCUGGCUACCAGCCUUCUGGAUGAUUUACAUAAAACACCGUAUUUCUUGGAAACAAAUCAAGCCAGUUUUCCCUGAAUGAUUAGCAAGUUUAGAACGUAUCAGCUACAAACUGCUUCCACAGAAUCCAUCAUCUGACUGGACAUAUCUCAUCUGUUCAUUUGGUCACUGAUAGGAGGACAGACAUGGAUACGUCAUUAUCAUUAUUGCAUGUGGAGUUCAAGAACAGACGGUCAGCUCUGUGAAAAUUCUUGGAUCAGAAGAACAAUUAAACUGUACUGAAAGUUCUCACACAAAAUGAGAACUUUUUUUUUUUUUUUUCCAUUCUGGGAAGUGGGCAGUCUCUUAAAAGAGCAUGAUAGUAACAACAGCUCCACGCCCUACAAGUAUUUUAAGUAUUUCUGUGAAAUAAUUAUAUGGCCAAAGAACUGUUAGAAUCAUUCUUCCACAUUUACCUUGCAUUCUUUUCAGUUCUCUAAUGGAGUCAUAUCCUGGUUUAAUUUCAAAGACUUUUCGCACAGAAAACAUCUUUUGGUUUGAACUUUAAGUGUCUAGCUGCCUUUUGACACUGUGAAAGAAAAGGGCACAUUCUGAAAACCUACUUAUGCCACAAAGACAUUUUUCGUAACUGUAUUUUCCAGACUUAAGUAUCAUCCUUUUCACUGCAUCGGUGUAGAGAUAAAAAGGACAUUGGACAAAAAUUCCCUCUCCAAAGGAAGACGCCUGCAGCUUGCAUAGCUCUCACCAUUUAUUCAAGAAGAUUCAGCAUAAAUGAGAAAUUCAACAUGUGUUCUUCAGCCAUCGUUAGCUACUACUGUAGCUCUACCAGUCAUCUACUCUUUCCUAUUUGUUACUGGGAGUUUUGGAAAUAUUCUCACUGCCUGGGUAUUUUCAAGGCAAGCAUCCACAAAAAGAACACAAUAUAUUUAUCUGGUAAAUCUCGUCACUGCAAAUUUACUCGUAUGUAGCACUAUGCCUUUUCUGGCUGGCUAUUUUGGAAAAGGGCAUGAAUGGACAUACGGCUCUAAAGUAUGCAGAGUAGCAUAUCACCUCGGAACUAUUGUUAUGCAUGUCUGUAUGUAUGUUACAAUUACGAUUUUAUGUACAAUCGCUUUAAGUCAGUAUGCAACACUGAAGAAAAAUAACGAUGCACGAUACUCUCAAGCAGUUACAAAAAACUUGUACAAACGUGUACUUCAAGAGUUUCGUCAGCCAAAGUUUGCUAAAUAUUUUUGUAUCUUCAUAUGGCUUAUUGUGUUGUGCAUAACAGUAACAGCUAUAACAUAUGACGCUUGGGCAAAAAAGGAGCAAGUAUUUCACACAUGUUACAACAUGAGGGUAGAAAUUGGUGAAUUUACUGCAAAGAUUGCAGCUUCUUUUGCUACUGCUUGUUUUUUUCUAUUUUUUCUAACUGUUUUGGUAUCGUACUAUUCCCUCACCAGUCAUCUGAGUAAAAUACAAAAAACCACCCACAUUGGACAAAAACAUCUGAUUUACAGAACAGUGAAAAGAAACAUUCUUGUCAUCCAGAUAAUUUUAACUGUCUGCUUUCUUCCGUAUCAUAUUUUCAGGCCCAUAUUUUAUGUACUGCUUCCAGAAGAAGACUGUUCAAGGAUAAACUAUCUAAUAGAGAUUAAAAAUUUCCUUACUUGUCUAUGUGUUUCUAGGAGUAGUAUAGAUCCAGUUAUAACCCUUCUGCUAGAUACAACUUUUAAGAAAAGUCUGUGCAGUCUGUUUAAAAAAUCCACACCUGAACACCACCAACGCAGAGCUGAUAUUUUCAAUGAAGAGACCCCACCAAUAUGAAGUAAUAUGGAAAGAUGUUAGUAGAAUAUUAAUAACAGUCAACUCAUUUUGACUUGCUAUAAUGAGACUUCCGUAUGAAAUGGGAAAUAUUUAAAUAAAAUGAUAACAUUGAUUGUAUUUUUUUAACACAGUCUUGCUUUUAAAUCAACAGUAGCCAUAAUAUAUGAAUUCAUGUAAUUCAUACAGUGAACUGUGCAUUGCCACUUGAUCCAUGUAAAGAAAAAUACACUUAUAUUUGACGGAUGGACAGUGUUUUCUAUCUAAUUGAUCUAGGAAGAUGGCAGAAACUAGUGUGAAAUUGAGGACAUAGUUCUUGACUGUCACCAUUAUUCCCAGGUUUUCUGGGCUUUCUUUACAAAAAAAGAAAGAAAAAGCAUAGAUUUUUUUUUUUUCUCUAGAAUGGAUAAAUCAUGCGUCAAAGGCUUAAGGGAGAAGGCACAGAGAACUACAAAAUGCAUUCAAUAUUAAUGUGUAUUUUUUUUUUUUUGGGUUGCAAGUAUUUGGGUAGAAGCCUCUGGGACUGGCUAAGCAUUGGUUAGCUUGUGGUGAGCAACUGCACUGUGCAUCACUUCUUGUAUUAUCAUUAUUAUUCGUGUCCCUCAUUAAACUGUCCAUAUCUCAACCUGCAAUUCCUUGCACUUUUACCUUUUUGAAUUAUCUCUCCCAUCCCACUGUGAGUAAAUGGCUGUUUGGUGCUGAGCUGCCUGCUAGGUUAAAGUUCAAUGUGUACUCACCCAAAAGUGUUACACAAUUAUACCACUUCAAAUUUGAAUUAACACAUGGUACUCCAGAAGGCACCUCCUUCACAACAGUGCUUAAACCCAGAUCACUUGCAGAAGAGUAAGUAAAACAUAUAAGUCAUACAAAAUUAUAGGAUAUCUGAAUGCACAUGAAGUGAGGGAAAAAAAGGAUGAAAUGCAUACAUGCACUUAUCUUUAACCUCUGGUACUAUUUAACAUAAAAUAAAAAUAAAACAAAUCACAGAAUUUCCUCAUUCCUAGUUUAACUAUGUGAGGCAAAUUCCGUGGUUUACUUAGGAAGGCAUAAAUGGUUAUUAUUUACUGGUCUACAACACAAAAUAGACAUUUAAGGACCAUGAACGGUAUGAAAGGAGUGCAAAACAGGAACAGUUUUGAAUUUACUUCUGAAGAGUGGUCAUUUCCCCAUUCUUCCAGAUGGGAUCAAGAGGAAUUGUCCAGUGAAUGUAGAAAGUGUUACAGAAUACUAGCUAUUUAAGAAGUCCAAACACUUGCCUCAAGCUGCACCAUAAAAUGUAGUAAGCAAUUCUGUCUUCCCAACCCUACUACUGAGCUCCACUACAGGAACACUAAAUUGACCCAAAAAUGGCAUAUGCUGUUAGACACAAAACAUUAGGCCUCCUGUAAGAGGCACCCCAAGACUUCCUAUCAUUUGACAACUGCUUUGCAUUUUUCAGAAGUUCAAUAAAAAGGUAAGUGAAAAAGACAGAAAAUCAUAGGAACAUAGUCUCUUAUUUAAUACAAUGCUACUUGUGAGAACAGAAUUCAUUAUUUGCUUAUUUUACAGAAUUCUCUUGUGAUGUUUAGCAAAUGAUCUACAGAAAAACCUUAAGUGGGCAGAUUCAGAGUCUAACUCUGCAAAAUGCUGUCAGUAAGAGUUCUUGAGCAUGAAGGUUGGUUUGUGUGGGUGUGCACUGUACUGUGCAAAAACCAAGGACAAGACAUCUAAACCAGGACCAAACCAAGCAGUUUAAAUUUGCUCAGAGUACUGCGUUUAGAUGAGAAGCGGUAGACGUCUGGGUGACAACAGUUUACCGUCAAUGUGCUUUUGUUUUUGCACAGGCCCAAAAUAAGAACCCACAACUUCUGUCCUUCCUUACACUUAGGGGAUCUCAUUGCAGCGAAGUGCCUAACGAUGUAAACUUCAGUAUUCAAUUUUUGGUGGUAAUACAGGUUUAAGGAGUUAUUAUUCUGCUUUUUUAGUCCACUUGUUCCCUAGCGCUGCAGUUACCAAAAAGGCAAGAAAAAGGAUUAAAUUUUGGGAACUACUGAUUAAAUAGAAGUUUGUGGUAAAAUCCCAGUUCACCAAUUCUACUUAGUACCCCAAAAUAAUACAUACUUUUAUUAUUUUCCUAUAGAGCCUGUUUAAGGUGACAUCUCCUUUACAUUUCUGAAUUGCACUAGCCGGUUUAUUUUAUAUUAAAUAGCAGAAAAACUUUUGUGCAGUAUGGGCAAUUUGAGAAUCUGCAAAUCAAGUAAUACACUGGUUCAGCAUUUGAUGGAAUAGUUCACGGAGGAAAAAUCUCCCCAGACAGAAAGGUGUGAGGAAAAAGUAGAGAAAUAAAUCAGCAAAACACAGCUCGUGUGCUAAACUUCUUGCGCUGUUUAGUCAUUCUGGUGUUAACUCAGAAGUUAGCAGGUGAACUGUGAAUUAUGUAAUCAAAAACUAAAUAACUGAUUUCUACAGCAGGAACAUAAAAUCCUAGGGCAAACACACACAACAGGGGUUUAGAAGACAAGUGUCUACCUCCUCCCUGGUUAACCCCUUCAAAAUACGCUGCAGGGUGGCCAGCUCAUCAAUCAGAGGACGCAGGUUUUCUGAAUGGCUGAGCAAGUGACUGGACUACACGAACUUCCACCACAUAGCUGUUGAGCUCUGCGGCAGGUCAAGCAGUCUAAAUUCCCAGCAUGUAGCACUUCUCAGCAAAACUGCUUCUGAAAACCCAGCAGCAGAACCACAUUAACCAAAAGGUAUGACAAAGAUCGUAGAUCAUAAAACUUUUAAGUAAUGUUAGGGGCAAAAGAUAAAGAAACUCAAGAAAUGUGUUGUCUCACAAGAGGAAGGAAAUUAAGGCAAGCAGAGGUCAUCUUGUGAAAGUUUUCAUGUUUUGAUUCUGGCAUGGGAGGUGAGGCUGGAACAUAUGUAAGUUUAUCACAGCCUGCAGUCAGCUUUGGUUCACCUUGUUGCUUAAAGAAGACAGAUAAAGUUUCUGGCAUCAGACAACAACAGACUGAAGUAUUCCUAAUCUAACUUCUCCGUAUCAGUUGAGGGCCAAGUGAGCACAAAAAUGCCUAAAAGACACCUAUUUCUAAAAGGGACUAAAUGGUGCAAAUUUUCCUGAGUAUCAGAUGAAGAUCAAACAUUCUGCAGUUUAAAAUAACACUCACAGAAAACUUAAGAGGAAAAAAUGAAGAAUCAUAGAAUGACUGUAUCAACCUUACAGAUUUUUAUUAUUUCACUUUCAUCCGUUCAGAUAAUUUGAAAAUUGUUCUUUUACCCUACUUCCUUUCAAAACACUGUCUAUAGUGACAUCUAGAGCUGGGAUAUGGCAGUUAACUUAAUAUUCUACACACAAAUGUCAUAGUUAAAAUAUUUCUGCUCAGUUUUUGUCCAGAUUAAACGCUGUUUAACAUGGUUUAGCAUACUUUAGACAACAGAUUAAAGAACUCUUACUCAUGUAAUUGAAUAGUUUUAUUUCUAAGGAUGGCAUUGAAUAAAAACAGUGGUUUUAAAGUUUUGAAAGACUGGAUAAGCUGUAAAAUAAAUCUACAUUUUUCUGAGGAGUAAGGCCCUUGAAACUGAAAUACACUUUUGUUCAAGGACAUAGUCCAAUGACAAGAAAUCCAACUCUCAGGAAGACAAUGCCACAUAAUGAUGGUGUUCAUUCUAAAAUUCUCAUUUGGUAUCAUAACCAAACAACGAAAAGGAUUCCAAAUUUUCACAGUAGAAUGAGCUCAGAUAUCCUACCAGCGAUAAAGAGGAAGUCUUGAGAAUUUGCUGUAAGAAAUAACUUUCAGAAUAUCAAACUUAAAAAAAAAAAAAGAAAAUCUGAUUAAAUGGAAUAAUUUCCCUUGAAAAGGAUUAAGAGACUGGUGAAAGGUCUGUAAUGUCUGUGUAUGCAAGAUCAAAUGUCUGCUGGAAAGAAAACCUUCAGUUCAGUGUCCACACUCUCUUUCCUCACAAACCACCCUGUACAAGUUUGAAGUACAGCUCACCACCUCCCAGUCUGAUUCAUCACUAGAUCUCACUUCUCAAACUGCACUAUCAGAGCUCAUUAACAUUUUCAUUAAGUCUUACAGUGCUUGACUCAGUUUGGAUAGAAGCAAACUCUUAGAGAAGUUGGAAUAGCUAUUUUAGACAACAAAAUGAACAAGUAACAUGUAUUCAAACUGAAGACGUACAAACCAAAAUUCUUAGGUUUAAACUCCCAAUUACUUAUGCUAUAGUGUUUUGGGAUAAAUUAGUUCCACAAAUAAUCACAUAAAUGUUACAAAAUUCACCAACUCAAACAUAGAAUAUAUAUAUACUGUUUUUAAAGUGUUCUUAAAGUCGUAAGUGUCUUACGGUACUCUUACAGCCUGUAUUUCUUCCCUCAAACUUGUUCUCAUGAUAACAAAUAUUCAAGAAUGUUUGCAAAAAGUGGGCAGUUCUACCAGUAUUCUAGCAUUUAAGGAUGGACUUAUCUCUAGAAUUCUGGUCUAGAUGAUUUGAUAGCUUCAUUGUGCAGUCAAAAUGAUGUAAUUAAUCUACCUAUUCCAGUUUAAUUUAUGCAAUUAAUUUAUACACAAGUUUUCCUAACAAGAAAACAAAUGCAAACGCAUUUCAUAUGAAUAUUCAGGAACCAGAAAUCAAAAUAGCUGUCAAAGUAAUUGCAAUCAAAUGCAUACGUAACCUGUGAACAAAGACUUCCUAAAUGUUCCACACUGACAGAAUUAGUGAUAAACUUUAAUCUCAUACGACAUAAUAAAAGUAAUCAUAGACUUAUUAAAUAGUUUUCUGUUACAGUUCCUACUUCCCUCUCCUGUAGAGAAAUUACCAACGUUUAGUGGUUUGUAUUA